UGCUGAGCGCGAAGAAGAACGGUGACUGGGCUAGCUAUGUGCUUUCCUGUAAUCAGCCGUAAUCGGCGCACACAGCCAGACGUCGCCGUGGUUGUUGUCUGACGUUUGUGCAGCUUUCCGAGGGACGUCCACCUUACCAUGAGUACACUGUCAACGUGCCAGUUCUCUGUACACAUACCGGAGCUGCAAUGAAGGCAGGGGCUUCGUCGGUUUUGGCUUCCUGCUGCGGUCUGCUGAAUGAAGUGAUGGGCACGGGAGCCGUCAGAGGCCAGCAGGCAGCUUUUGGGGCCGGUGCCGGGCCCUUCAGGUUCGCCCCCAGUGCCGGAUACUCCACGUACCCGCCCACUAGCUCAGGGUGUCCCAGCCUGGUGUGCAAGUCCUGCGGUCUGGCCUUCUCGGUCUUCAGGAGGAAGCACAUUUGCAGUGACUGCAAGAAGAGCUUCUGCUCUCUGUGUUCCGUGCCUCUGGAGAAUGCGCGCAUAUGUGCCACCUGCCACCUGCUGAAGGCGACGGCCUUCCACCGUCCGCGGCUCAUGCGUCUAAGGAUCCGGGACCUGCGGCAGUACUUGUUGCUCCACAACGUCCCGACCGACACUUGCAGGGAAAAAGAAGACCUGGUGGAGCUGGUGCUCUGUCACCAAGGCUGCGAGGAGGAGGACGAGGAAGACGAUGAGGAAGAGGAGGAGGAGGAGCCUGACGCGAGUAGCCUCCACUCGCGGUCCAUGUACACUCUCGCACCUUCGACCACACGGUCCGCCUCACAGCUGUCCCAAUUCGCUGCCUCUCAGGGGGAACCUCUCAGCACCAGUGAUAGUUCUGAUAGCAACCAGGACUUUGGUGAUGCCACAUCAGUGUCGCUCCUCAACUUUGACCCCAAUGAAAACGCACCCGAGACGAGCCCUCAGACGCAGCGUCGGCUCCGAGCGUCUCUCACGGACAUCUCCGGCGUGGGCGACAUCGAGGGCCUCUCUGUCCGGCAGUUGAAGGAGAUCCUGGCCAGGAACUUCGUCAACUACUCGGGGUGCUGCGAGAAGUGGGAGCUGGUGGAGCGAGUCGGCAGACUCUACCGAGAGACGGAGGAGAACAGGAAAUCACUGGAAAAUGUGAGCAGCACUGUGACCAAAGAUGACGAGAAAGGCGCGCUGAUGUUCCUCGACGAGAACCUGUGCCGCAUCUGCAUGGACGCGGUGAUCGACUGCGUGCUGCUGGAGUGCGGCCACAUGGUGACGUGCACCAAGUGCGGCAAGAGGAUGAGCGAGUGCCCCAUCUGCCGGCAGUACGUCGUGAGGGCCGUGCACGUCUUCAAGUCCUGAUCGACCUCAGCUUCCACUCAGACGGUGCUUUCAUUCAACCGCGCAAAAUCACAUCCGCCGAAUUCCCUUUUGUGCGUGUUUGUGUUUCCACGUUUUUUUUUUUUUUUUUACAUGAGUUGCACAAUUGGGAGAGGAGGGGGUGUUUUUAAUUCUUCCGGUAAGCAGAAUUCUCACCUGAAUCAUUUCCGAUAUGAACAUAUCUCCUACCGCAUCUGUUUCACAACCCAAAGAGUCAACUGUGCGUCCAGACUUGUGUAGAUGGAGCAAAUUCUUACACAACUGCUGCAAGUGAUUGCAUACCACGUCGUAGGAGCACCAAGGAUGCGCAAACUUGACAAGACGGCGCACAGAUGCUGCCGAAUAGCGGGUGAGACUUUCAUGCUCCUCACCCGCAUUGCAUUCUGUCAUCUUGUGUGCAUGAGUUUGGGAUUAUUGAGCUGGCAGAUGCGCUCGCUCAGCAGUCAGAAAAGGCUGAGACGGGAUGUUAAAGGGGAAAUCCAGUGCUUUGGGUUAUCAAUGUAUCCAGUAGGUCAUGUAACAUGGACCCUAUUUUGGCAAUGUGAUGUGAAAUCCUCUCAUUUGAUAGUGUUUUGACAAAUUUAUUAUCCCCAAUUACGAAUUUUUAGGGGCGCUGCCAUUUUGGCAAGUCGCAUGAGCUACGUGCGCGGAUGUGGCGCGCACCGUGCCCCAACAGAGGCUCGAUGACAUGGGAUACCAUUUAUGCCCAGCGCCGAGUUCUUGGAUUUAUCCUCAAAGAUGAAUGAAGAAAUAGAAGUAUUGGGAAGACGGAGGAAUACUUCCUUACAGAUUUCAACCAGUGGCUGUAAUUAAUGUUGAAUAUUCGGAUGGUUCUUCGGGAGUCUGAUGAGCAAGCUCUGGUGGCGGAGGACUUUAGCUGAGCUUAGGCAUCCGCGGCUAACGGCCUCCGCUGCCUGGAAGCUCGGCUAACAGCCUCCCCGAACGUCAACGCUCGGCUCGCGGCCCGCUGCCAGCGCUUGCGACCUGCCUUCGGCGGCAGUGGAGGCCUUUAGCCUAGCUUCGGCGUCCGGGGCUAACGGCCUCCGCCGCCUGGAAGCUCGGCUCGUGGCCCGCCGCCGGAGCGUCAUUCCAGUCCGAAGAACCAUCCACGGCUGCCGGCCCGGAGCUCCCGGGGGCCUUUGUUUACGCACUUAUGUGGCGCGUAGGCCUCCGAGUAGUCAAACUCCGCGUCAUUCUACCUGAAAAAACAUCUGAAUAUUCAACAUUAAUUACAGCCACAGGUUGAAAUCUGUAAGGAAGUAUUCCUCCGUCUUCCCGAUCGACCGAUACUGCAAUUUCUUCAUCAGAUGAGGAUAAAUUUGAGAAAUCAGCACUGGGCAUGCAUAAAUGGUGUCAUGUAAUCGAGCCACUACACGUCACGUACGCCCACGUACAUCAUGUGACUCGUGAAAAUGGCAGCGUCCCUGAAAAUUUGUAAUUGUUGAUGAAAAUCGUCUCAAAACACUGUUAAAUGAGAGAGGAUUGAACAUCACAUUGUCAAAAAAGGGUACAUAUUACAUGACCUAUUGGAUACGUUGUUCGUGCAAAGCACCGGAUUUCCCCUUUAAACUUCAUUCUUCAACAGUUUGUCACGUAGGCCCGUCCAGUGGGACGAUCGGACAUGGCGGUAGAUGUUGGUGAUGGAUGAUGAUUUGUUUUAGAACAGUGGUCCCCAACCUUUUUAUCACUGCGGACCGGUCAGUGCUUGACAAUUUUUACCGGGGCAGGGGGCGUUACGUAGUUUGUUUGAAUAUCAAAUACAAUAAAUGUAUAAUAAUAGAAUAAGUAAAAACGAGAAUAAAAAAUACACGGAAAAAUAAGCAAGAACCAGCCAUUCCACAUUAAUUGGUCUUUUAUCUAAAUAAACCGACACAACAGUUCAAUUUUUUAUUAUUAUUAUUAUUAUGAUUAUUAAAAACUCCAUUAAUUAUUAUUUUUCAACAGCUGAAAUAAAUUGAUCAGUUUGAACCGUCCCCUCAGCCCUAGCACUCUCUUAACCGGUCGCUAGAGUAGCGUUUAAACGAGCCUUCAAACUGAAAUACAGAUGGGCCACGAAAAUGAAUUUAAAGUGCAUGAAAAUUUGAACUCAAACUGAGCUUGUUUCUCUCGCAACGAGAUGGUCCUACGUGGAGGUGAUGAGAGAAGUGUGUUGUUUAUUUCCAAUCUGUCACUCCAGAAAACCCAGCUUCACAGAUAUGUCGCAAAUGAGAGAAAUCUUUGCAGCGAGCGAUUUCUCUCCGGAUCUUAAUUGGGUGUGUAAGAGAAGCAUCUGCGUCCGUCUCUUCACAAAGCUCCUCAAAAAGACGCGAGGUGGUCGCAGGCUGUUCUUCGAUCUCUUCGCUGGGUGAAUCGAAAAGAAAUUUUCUAAAGAUGUUUUUUUUUUUUUUUUUUUCCCCCCCGACCUUGUGUGGGUAAAUUUGGCCCUCAAGUGAUCGAGAUGUAACACGGAGAAUCCGGUCAUUUUUCAAAAUGAAAGAUGUUUCACAUUCGGGUAAUGAAUACAACGGCACUCAUUGAUUAUUACUUACCAAUUAAUCGCCCGGUGGUUGGGGACCACUGUUUUAGAACACACCGUAUGUCAGAAUGCUUAAGAUUUUUGAUAAACAUAAAAUCUGUCGUCACAGCAAUAGUUGAUUAUUAUUUUUUUUUUUUUCUCUCUCUCUCGUCGCCUGCGUCUCAGCACUUGGGACAAAAAAAUCGGUGCUAGUCAUUUUAACAAUCUUCACUGUUUUCUAGUUAAACGGUGGAUAUAACUGAAUGUUCAUUUUGUUGUUUACUGUCACAAAUGAAAUGAAGUUUGUUUUUUUUUUUGGUCUUAAUUUGGAUCAUUGAA